CCUCAUCAUCUUCUUUCCCCCCCUCCUCUUCACCUCACCAAUCCAUCCCUCCCCAUCCUCCCUCUCCGUCUGUUUCUUAGAUUAUGGCAGGCAUCUUCGAGGCUCCGCGCAAUGCGGACACUCUCUUCUUGGGUGGGCAGAAAAUCACCGGCACCGAUGUCCGCGAACAGAAUGUCCUGGCAACUCAGGCGAUCUCAAAUGUCGUGAAGAGCUCUUUCGGUCCUUCCGGUCUGGAUAAGAUGAUGGUGGAUGAUAUCGGUGAUGUCACGGUGACCAAUGACGGCGCUACUAUCCUCAGUCUUCUGGACAUUGAGCACCCCGCUGGCAAGAUCCUCGUGGAUCUGGCCCAACAACAGGAUAAGGAGGUCGGCGAUGGCACUACGUCCGUGGUCCUGAUUGCCGCCGAACUCCUCCGACGAGCGAACGAACUGAUGAAGAACCGUAUCCACCCGACGACCAUCAUCAAUGGCUACAGACUGGCCCUGAGAGAGGCCGUGAAGUACAUGAACGAGAACAUCACCUCCAAGGUCGAGACGCUGGGGAAGGAUAGUUUGGUAAACAUCGCCAAUACCUCCAUGUCCAGUAAGAUCAUCGGUUCGGAUGCGGACUUCUUCGCAAACAUGGUGGUCGAUGCGAUGCUGUUGGUGAAAUCGGCGAACCAGAGGGGCGAGAUCAAGUAUCCCGUCAAGGCUGUCAACCUGCUCAAGGCCCACGGAAAGAGCAGCACCGAAUCCCUCCUCGUCAACGGUUACGCCCUCAACUGCACCGUUGCAUCCCAGGCGAUGAAGACCCGGAUAACUGAUGCCAAGAUUGCCUGCUUGGACAUGAACCUGCAAAAGGAGCGCAUGAAGCUCGGCGUUCAGAUCACCGUCGAGGAUCCUGACCAGCUGGAGAAGAUCCGUGAGCGGGAGUCCGGUAUCGUCCUGGAGCGGGUUGAGAUGAUCCUCAAGUCGGGGGCGAAUGUCGUCUUCACCACCAAGGGUAUCGACGACAUGGUGCUGAAGACCUUCAUUGAGAAGGGAGCCAUGGCUGUUCGCCGCUGCAAGAAGGAGGACUUGAGACGCAUUGCCAAGGCUACCGGGGCCACCCUGGUCAGCUCGCUCUCCGAUCUCAACGGAGACGAGAAGUUCGAGGCCUCGAACUUGGGACAUGCGGAUGAAGUUGUUCAAGAGCGGGUAUCCGACGAUGAGUGUAUCCUGGUGAAGGGCACCAAGGUCCACACCGCGGCGUCCAUUGUCCUCCGAGGACCCAACGAUUUCAGCUUAGACGAGAUGGAGCGUUCAGUCCACGAUUCGCUGUGUGCCGUCAAGCGAACUCUGGAGAGUGGCAGCAUCGUCCCCGGUGGCGGUGCCGUCGAGACGGCCCUUCACAUCUAUCUCGAAGAAUUCGCCGUCACAGUGGGCUCCCGCGAGCAACUCGCCAUCGGCGAAUUCGCCCAGUCGCUCCUCGUGAUUCCCAAGACCCUGGCCGUGAAUGCCGCCAAGGACUCCUCCGAGCUGGUCGCCCAGCUCCGAGUCCGCCACGCCCUUUCCCAGCGGGUGCAGGACGGCGACGCCAACGAAGAAGAGAAGGCCAUCGCCAAGAAGAAGACCUACCGCAACUACGGCCUCGAUCUAUCGAAGGGCCGCGUCCACGACACCCUCAAGGCAGGCGUGCUGGAACCCAGCAUGGGCAAGAUCAAGCAGCUCAAGAGUGCCGUCGAGGCCUGCAUCUCCAUCAUGCGCAUCGACACGAUCAUCAAGCUGGACCCGGAGCAGAGGCAGGAUGACGGACACGGUCACUAAAGGUAGAGCAUACGGGGUGAAGCUCUUCUUUUUGUGUUUCCUUUUCAGCUAUAACGACUGGUUUGGGCCUUCAUGGAAUACUUAGAUUCGAUUUGAAAGAUAAAGAGAAAAGUUUAAUAAGGUGUUAAUGAGUCUCCAAA